AUGUUGAGACACUUCACAAAUGGCAAGGAGUUGGUAAGGCAUGUAGUCACCCGAUUUGCCACUUCAUUUCUCUCUUUGGAAAGGCUUUAUGAGGAGAAAGGAAAUUUGAGAAGAAUGUUCACCUCGGAUGAAUGGGCAAAGAAUAAGUUGUCAAAGGAGGCAAAGGGGAGGGAGGCAACAAAGAUUGUUAUCAUGCCCUCUUUUUGGAAUCAUGUCAAGUACACCCUUAAGAUCAUGGGCCCUCUUGUUCGGGUGCUUAGACUUGUUGAUGGAGAGACGAAGCCACCAAUGGGAUAUAUUUAUGAAGCAAUGGAGAAGGCAAAGGAAUGCAUCAUGAAAACAUUUCUUAAUGAUGAGACCGGUCAUUUUCUAAAUCCCGAGUUGUUUUAUGACAACCCUCGGAUUGAGCUGGAUUUAGAAGUUACAAAGGGGUGGUUUGAGUGCAUCACUAGAUUGGUGCCAAGUCAAGCUGUGCAACAGAAGAUAUUGGAGGAGCAAGCACUAUACAAGGCCGGCUAUGGACUUUUUGGAUUAGAUUUUGCAAAAUCUCAAAGGAAAAAGAUUUCACCCGCAUUUUGGUGGCGGACAUAUGGGCAUGAAGCUCCAAACAUGCGAGACCUUGCUAUCAAGAUCUUGAGCUUGACUUGUAGUGCUUCUGGAUGUGAGCACAAUUGGAGUAUAUUUGAGCACAUUCAUACUAAGAAAAGAAAUAGGCUUGAUCAUGAAAGGAUGGAGAGUUUGGUCUUCAUAAAGUAUAACCAACAACUCAUCGAGAGGUACAACCUCAAAGAUGAAGUUGACCCUAUUGCACUCAAUGAUAUUGAUGAGUGUAAUGAGUGGUUAGUGGGAGAAAUUGGGACUGCCACCUUUCGAGAAGAUAGUGUGGAUGAUGAUGCUGAUUUCGUUCAUCAAGAUGACAACACUUUGAGUUGGAACCUUGUUUUUGAAGCAAUGGGAGGACAUGAUCCUACAACAAAUACUAGAAGAUAA